AUGAAACUUGUUAUAUUGCUGCUGUUUUCGUUUAUUAUUGGUUAUGCCGUUGCACGGCCUAAAGUCGAGGAAAAGGAUGAGAAAAACCCUGGUAAGUAUACAUUAUAUAUUACUAUAAAUAAGUGUUUAAUUGUUCGUUAAUGAAAAAUCGAUACAACUGUAAUUUUUUCCAAUGUAAUUUUUGUAAUAUCCGAACAAAAAUAUUUUUAGAUAAUGUUGGUCUGACCAAAAUGGAUUCCGCAGAAAUCGAAUCUCUCAAAAAUGUUGUCGAUGGUCCCAUUCCUGAAGCUGUAGACAAAGAUGGCCUGAUGAAAGAAGAAGAACCUAAAGUGGUAGAAGAAGAUGAGGAGAUAACUACUACAACUCCGGCUCCAAAACCAAAGUCAAAGAAAAGAAGGAAGCAUCGUCAUCACAAAAAAAUUGUGACAACUACAGCCAUGCCAUCGGAAGAAUUAAUGGAGGACGGAGAAGGCGAUGAUGACGAAGAAAAGGGGAAAAAAGCAAAGAAAGAAAAACCGGAAGACGAUUGGAACAGUGGCGAGAACGCCAAGGAUUUCCUCGACUUUGCGGGCCCCAUGCCCGAAUUAAACGACUUCGAGCAUCAAUUAAACAUGAAAGAAGUCAAAUUCAGCAGCUAG